AUGCUAUAUAAGAACGAAAAGCAAAACUCCAACGCCGGGCCCACGACAGCAUCGUCAGUGCGCCGACUGAUCGGUGCAAAGGUGCCUUGCGGCAAUCAUCAUCGGGGCCAGCUCCUCCCAACGCCGGUGCCCAAGGGCUCGGCCUUGAAGUCUUCUGCCUCCAAGGUUUCCGGUGGCUCGAAGGGUGGUUCGGCCAAGCGUUCUGCUCCGGCCCGGGCCUCUGGCCGCCCGGAUAAGAGGGUUCGGCCGACCCCCAAGAAGGUCGUUCGGAUUACCAGUGAUGGCCGGGAGGAGGACGAGCUGACCUUCAACGGUUCGGAGGCUGGUGAGGAUCUGGAGUAG